GGGUCGAGCCAAGGAGUGCCAGAUAGGCGCUGGUGGGCUCACCACGCUGGAGCAGGAGAGCGCCACCUUGAAGACCAAGCAGGAUUACCAGAGGAGGUUGGCGCGGUUCGACGACUUCUGCAGGAUCCACGGUCUCGAAGCGGAGACCGACGCGGGCCUCGAGGAGGCGCCGGUGAAGUUCACGGACAUGAUGUUCAGUAACGGGGAGCCGACCAGCAGCGGGGCCAAGCUGCUCGCGGCCGCGGGGCAUCGAGACCCUCGGCUUCACCACGCGGGUCGCCUGCUGAAGCUGCCGCGCGCGGCGCGGGCGCUGCAAAGCUGGAGGCGCCCGGUGCCGCCAGUCACGCGCGCGCCGGUGCCCCGGGCGGCCGCGGCGGCGAUCGCGGUGGCGCUGGUCAGCCAGGGGCUGAAACGAGCAGGGCUCGGCGUGGCGCUAGCGGCGGAUGCGCGCCAGAGGCCGGGAGAGCUGCCGUCGCUGCGAGCGAUGCACGCGGCGCCAGCGCAGCCACGGGCAGGGGGCGACCGCCGCUUCACAUCGCUCGUGCUAAGGCCCGAAGAGGAGCACGCGGCGACCAAGACAACGGGUUUCAACGACUCCAUUCUGCUGGACAGCCCGUCCAGGCCGUACCUCGGCCCGAUGGUGGAGCAGCUGGCCUCGCGCCUGGGCCCCGCGCAGCUCCUCUUUCCGUGGUCGGGCGCGGCCUUCAAUGUCACGUUCAAGAAUGCGGCUCGCCUGGCAGGAUUGGACGGCGGGGAGCUGACGCCCUACAUCCUGCGCCAUUCUGGCCCAUCCCACGACUGGCCCACCAAGACAAGGACCCUCGAGGCCAUCAAGCGUCGGGGGAGACGGGCCUCCGACCUCAGCGUCAAGAAGGCACGAGAAGGGCUCGAGGGUGAUGCGCAGCUGGCCACGCUGGAUCGCGGGCGCCAGCUGCUGCUAGCCGAGGCCGACGUCCACCUGAAAGGCGUUUCGCACGCCGGCCGCGCCGCGGUCUUCGACCAGAG